AUGGCGCCUCCAUAUACGUUGGGAUACCAAGGGGUUAAUGAUAUCCUUGAUCGCAAGGACAGGGGUCAUGGCGGUGCUGGACCAGCAAAGGAUCAUGUGAAUAGCGACCAGCAGAGCUUCGAGCUGCCCGUUCUGGCCUCUCAGGAAGCGACGCCCAGCGGCAUGAAGGAGGAAAUUGUUCUUCUCUCGUGGUUUCUUGUUCUUCUCCGAACACGCGAAGGAGGCCAGAUAUCCUUCGAAUGGACAUAUGACCUAUCCGGAAUAGGCAGCCAUCUUUCCAUGAGCGAAGUAGUACCAGACCUUCAAGAGGAUAUCGCGAAUGUCGCCACUGCAAUUCGCCGGCAUAUCAAAUCCUCCUCAUCAACAUCGCAAUCAUCAUCGCCGCGCUCAAUUCCCUUGAUUAUGAGCACAAGUGCGUUUUCGCAUACUGCCGAAGAAGCCAAAGAUGAAGGAGCAAUCCACCUUGAGCUCCGCUUCAGCAAUAACCGCCUAGAUAUUCGACCAUUGUGGACAUCGGACAACAUGCUCCCAUACACCGUCUCAUUGUAUAUCGAGACCUUAGCCGAAACCAUCACCAAGUGCCUUUCUGGACAGAGUCAGUCAGUCCAAGAGUGUCUCUGCCCAACCUCACGCGACUUGAGAGACAUCUGGGGUUGGAAUGGCGUCUUGCCACCAGCAUACAGAUUUGGCAUGCAUGAAGUCAUCUCAGAACGCGCCCAAAAGCAUCCAAGCAAGACCGCAAUUUCGUCAUGGGAUGGCGAAUUGACAUACGGAGAAGUCGAGCACUAUUCAAACUUCAUCGCAAGCUCUCUCCGAGGCUUGGCUGUGCAGCUCCAUGAUUUCAUCCCAGUUUGUUUCGAAAAGUCCUGCUGGACGAUCGUCGCCGUUCUCGCUGUAAUGAAAGCCGGCGGGACCAUGGUGAUGAUGGACCCGACGCUCCCGCUUGCUCGUCUGCAGAAUAUGGCAACUCAAGUCGGCGCAAAGACAAUGCUGGCAUCCUUGAAGCAACAGUCUUUAUCGAAAGAGAUUCUUCCGGAUGGAAAUCUGCUUGUUAUCGAGCAAGACACAUUCAAAGAUAUUCCGGCAAUUGAGCAAAUCGCUACAAUGCCCACCGUCCCCGGGUCAGCGCUGAUGUACCUGAUUUUUACUUCGGGGAGCACUGGUACACCAAAGGGUGUCAAGAUCUCCCACGAAACAUACACAAGCAGUGCCUUUCCUCGUGCAAAGGCAGUCGGCUAUGACGAUGAGUCGAGAGUCCUCGAUUUUGCAUCCUAUGCUUUUGACGUGAGCAUUGACAGCAUGCUGUUGACACUUGGAAACGGUGGGUGCCUCUGUAUUCCUUCUGACGAGGAUCGAUUGAACGAUAUCAACGGCGCUAUUCGACGCAUGCAGGUCAACUAUGCCGGUAUUACGCCUUCGAUGGCGCGUAUCCUGGAGCCGGAUGUGAUUGCCUCACUCAGCGGCCUUGGUCUUGGAGGUGAAGCUGCAUCUCCCAGUGAUGUAAAUUUGUGGGGCCAGGAUGCUAGAAUCAUUAUCGGCUAUGGUCCCUGCGAAUGUACCAUCGGGUGCACGGUGAACAGCAGUGCCGCGACGGGACGCGACUACAUCUCCAUCGGAACUGGUAAUGGAGCGGCUAUCUGGAUAGUCGAUCCUAAUGACCACGAAAUCCUCAUGCCUGUUGGUGCAGUGGGUGAGCUCCUGGUGGAAGGCCCGAUUGUUGGACAGGGAUACCUGAAUGAUCCAGACAAGACGGCUGCAGCCUUUAUCGAAGACCCAAAAUGGCUCGUUGAAGGCCACGACAACUUUACCGGUCGCCAAGGCCGACUGUAUAAGACUGGAGACCUCGGUAAAUACGACCCUGAUGGCUCUGGAGGUAUCGUGUUUGCCGGGAGAAAGGAUACGCAAGUCAAACUUCGAGGUCAGCGUGUCGAGUUGGGUGAAAUUGAGAGCCAGCUUCGAGCUAGACUGCCUUCUGAGAUCAGCGUCAUUGUCGAGGUCAUCAAGCCCGACGAAACGGGAGGUCAGCCGACGCUCGUUGCCUUUGUUACCUCUCAGUCCCUUGCUAGCUCAGGACAAGACGGAAUUAGCUCUAUCCAGUUUUCUGAGGAACAAAAAAACUGCCUUUCAACAGCGAAUUCCGAAAUUGCAACUGCUCUACCGAGAUAUAUGGUGCCGACCGCGUACAUCCCCGUCAACUGCCUUCCGGUUUUGAUCUCAGGAAAGACAGACCGAAGACGUCUGCGACAGUUUGGUGCAACAGUGGACUUGCGGCAGCUGGACCUGGGCACCACAACAGCUGCUGCACGCGAUCUGACCGAGCUUGAAAAGCAACUGCGUCAGACAUGGGGUCAGGUACUGAAGCUGGAAGCUGAAGGUAUUCGACCUGAUGAUAACUUCGUCACGCUGGGCGGAGACUCCUUGGCUGCCAUGAAGCUCGUGUCCGUCUGUCGGGACCAGGGACUUGAACUUACUGUUGCCAACAUUUUCGGCCACCCGACCUUGGCUGCAAUGGCAGAGAUCACGCAGUUGUGUGUCAUUGAGACGCAGUCUGUGAUUCCAUCAUUUUCACUCAUCUCGCAAUCCCGCGAUACUGUCUGCGCUGAAGCGUCAAAAAUAUACGGUUUCGAUGUAGCAAAUAUCGAGGAUAUGUAUCCUUGCACACCGACACAAGAAUCGCUUUUCACCUUCUCUCUCAAGUCUGUGAAGGCAUAUGUCGCCCAACGAGUGGCAUGCAUUCCAUCUCACAUCGCCCUCGAUGCUUGGAAAGGAGCUUGGGAGAAAGUCGUUCGCCAGAUCCCUAUCCUGCGCACUCGGGUGGCCCAGCUUCAGGAGCCAGGUCUCCAGCAAGUCGUUCUGAUUGAAAACAUUGCCUGGAAACACGCCGAAGAUUUGAACAAAUAUCUUGAUACCGACCGGGAAAUAAAGAUGAAUCUCGGAGAGAGCCUUGCUCGAUAUGCCAUCAUUGACGACCAAAAGGAUGGCAAACGGUAUAUGGUCUGGACUGUCCACCACGUACUUUAUGACGGCUGGUCCGAACCCAUCAUUCUGAAGAAAAUCAGUGAUGCUCUGAUGGACCAAGAGGCCCCUAGUCCCGAAACUCAGAUGAGAGAUUUUGUCAAGUACGUGCGUGACACAAAUGAGGCGGCGAUGGGAGAUUUCUGGCGACGAGAGCUGAGUGGAGCUGUUGGCCCUCAAUUCCCUCGCCUGCCGUCGCGUGACUAUUUGCCCACGCCAGACGGAUUUGUGGAGCACCAGAUCUCGCUCGAGACCACUGCUGGCUCGGUCUUUACUAUGGCCACACUGAUCCGUGGUGCCUGGGCCCUGGUGGCAUCCCAGUACACACGAAGUGACGAUGUUAUCUUCGGCGAAACGCUUACGGGUCGUGAUAUCCCUCUCGCGGGAGUCGAAGGAAUCAUCGGACCAUUGAUUGCAACAUUGCCUGUCCGUAUCAACGUGAAUCGACACAGCACCGUGGAAUCCUACCUGCACAGCGUCCAGAAAACCAUACUGGCUCGCGUACCAUAUCAGCACAUGGGUAUGCAGAAUAUCAGAAAGGUCAGCCGUGAUGCCCAGCAUGCUUGCGAGGCCGGUACUGGAUUGGUAAUUCAGCCCGAGCCUGAUAAUCCUGGAAGCGAGCUUGGAGUCGAGCAGGGAGAUGUGGUGCGUGAAGCUCUUCAUUUCAAUCCGUACCCAUUGAUGCUGGCGUGUGGCAUUCGCAAGGGCGGAUUCAGAAUCUGCGCUAGCUUCGAUACCGGCUUGAUCGAAGUUGCACAGAUGAAACGCAUUCUUGCGCAGCUGGAAAUGGCAUGCCAGAAACUUAGCAAGGGUCUUACCCACAAGGUUGGGGAGAUUAGCUGCAUGUCGGAGGUCGAGCUCAGCCAAAUCUGGCAAUGGAACCAGACGCCACCACUCUCUCUUGGCCAGGAAUUGGGAUCCCUGCGGGCAGAUGCCAGCGUCAAGCCUGGGACAAACUACCCUCGCCCACUCGUUCCUUGGGUUUGUGAUCCUCGCAAUCCAUCGCUCCUGUCGCCCAUUGGUUGUGUUGGAGAACUAUGGUUCGAAGGUGCUCUUCUCUCCGAUGAGAAUAUCGAGUCUCCUGCGUGGCUCGAAGCUGGGUGCUCUGAUGUCGCCGGUCGAAGGGGUAAGGUGCAAUCGACAGGGGACAUGGUCCACCUUGGACACGACGGUAGUUUGGUUUUCGUCGGACGCAAGGAAGAUGUGGUGCCAGUUUAUGGCCACGCCGUCGAUAUCGCCGACGUCGAAGCAAAUGUCGCAAACCAGCUUCCUUCGGGGAUUAUUGCUGCUGCCACCGUUGUUCAAUACCAGCAUGGUUCCAGCAAGAAGGAAAUCGAGCAAGAGUUGGUGGUCUUGAUUGAGCUGCCAUCCGUCGAUGGAGAGCGAGUGAUGCUGUUGUCGCAGCCGCAAGAAGUGAGCUGCGAAGUGUCCGGACAGCAACUCAGUGCAAACAUCAGCACCAGCAUUCCAGUCAGUUUUGCUGUGGCCCUGAAGAAGUUGAACAAGUUCGCCCAAGACAACCUGCCGUCCUACAUGGUUCCUUCCGCUUAUGUAGUGGUCGACCGCAUGCCCUUUAGCAUGGAGAAUAUCGAUCGCGCUCUUCUCCACAAGCUGGCAUCCAGCGUUCCACGCAGCUUGCUGAAUGGCCUCCGCGGUGCCUACAAGGAGGCAUGGGGAAAUGGCGUAGCGCAAAGCAACCUGACGCCGUCCGAGAAUAUCUUGCGGUCGGCGUGGGCGAAGAUCCUCGGACUCGCCGAGGAAAAGAUCGAUGUCGACGACAACUUCUUCCGGCUGGGCGGUGACUCCGUCCUCGCCAUGAAACUGGUCUCAAGCCUGCGCGCUCAUGGACACGGCCUAACAGUCGCCGAUAUUUUCCAGAACAUGCGACUGACCGAUGCUGCAAGAGUGUUGAAGUUGGAUCGAGCUUCGACCACCAAGAUCAAGGCGUACGCACCAUUCUCCCUGCUGGACACCAAAGACACCGAGCUGUUCCUCUCCGAUAUCGUGCGGCCAAAACUGGCCAACCCAAGUUGGAAGAUUCGAGAUGUAUAUCCCGUUACAGACUCGCAGGCACUCGACAUCAAGGGAACAGUCGAACUACCACGAACAUCCGUCCAAUAUACAAUGCUCUACUUCGACAGCAAAAUCAACAACGACAGACUGAUGCGCGCUUGCAACGACUUAGUCAAGACGCAUGAUAUCUUGCGAACGGUCUUUAUCAAACACGAGUCGACAUUCCUGCAGGUGGUUCUCGAUAGCCUGUAUGCCCCGGUGAUGACGCAAAAGGCCGAAAAGGAGCUGGAGCAAGCCAUUACCGAUGUCUGCAGCGUCCACAUCGAGAGAGAGUUCCAACUAGGCUCAUCAUUCUUCAAGGUCCUCCAUGUCCAAGGAAAUGACGGUCGUGAAUGUCUCAUUUUUGGCCUUUCCCAUGCCCUGUACGAUGGUGUUUCCCUGCCAAGGCUUCUGCAAGACCUGGAGACCUUGUACACUAAAGGAAACAUUGUCGAUUACGAGCCCUUCUCCACAUACAUGGCUCGCAUCUCUGAUGAGAAGGCUAACGCCAAGGCUGUCUCAUAUUGGACCAACCUCCUGACUGGGUCAUCAAUGUCCAUUAUGGAAGGAAAGUCAGGAAAACCCACCGACAAGGCAGUGUUCCACACAAAGCCCGUCGACAUUUCCCUUCCAAUCGAGGAAAUCACCACUGCAAGCCUGCUGACUGCAGCCUGGGCCCUGGUCCUGGCUCGUGUCCUGAAGAAAUCAGACGUGACCUUCGGAAGCGUUACAUCUGGCCGUAUGCUGGACCUGGCAGGUGCGGAAAAUGUUAUCGGACCAUGCUACCAGCUUUCGCCAGUCAGAGUCCCAUUUCAGCCCCAGUGGACGGCCAUGGAUCUUUUGAAGUUUGUUCAGAAGCAAAGCGCGGAGUCGGCGGCGUACGAUUAUCUCGGUUUCAACCAAAUCGCCGAGAAAUGUGCUCAGUGGUCGUCGGAUGCGCAAGGCUUUGACUCUCUCGUGCAUCAUCAGGACUGGGAUGAUUUUGAUACCAUGACCUUUGCGGGUGGCACUUAUAAGGUGGAUAUCUUGAAUCCCCAUGGAGAUGCGCCUCAUCCGUUGAAGAUUGUUUCGUAUGUGCGUGAGGGGCAGAUGCAUGUUGGCGUUGUUGGGUGUGAAUUGGAUUCGCCAUUUGUUGACGAAGUUCUUGGUAAACUUGUUGAUGCUGUUCGGGAGCUGGGAGCUCGUCAAUCUGAGAAGUUGCUUGAUGCUGAGUGA